AUGGCUGCCAGACAGCUUAUUCUCGCUGGAAACCAACAGCGUCGCCGUGAGCGAAGCCAGACAGUGUUUGUGAACGCAUUUGUGCGUCACCACUUCAGCCCCCUUGACGUGCUGUCUGACCGGGCUCUCCAACGGAAGUACAGGCUGCCCCGCAGUGCGAUCCAGCACCUGAUCCAGCUUGUGGUUCCACAGAUCCGGAGGGCAACCCGCUGCAACUACGCGCUCAGCCCGGAGGUGCAGCUCCUCGCUGCACUGCGUUUUUACGCAGUGGGGAGCUUCCGGGAGGUGGUGGGGGACGGCACCGGCCUCAGCAAAGCGUUGGUGUUACGGAGUGUGGCAGCCGUGACACCGAUCCUCCUGCGCCAUGCCCGGCAGCACAUUAAGAUGGCCACCACGAGGGAGGAUGUCCGUCAGGUGCACCAAGGAUUCCAUGCGAUGGCUGGGAUCCCCCGUGUGCUAGGUCUGGUGGAUGGCACAUUGAUCCCGCUCCUCAACCCAUCCCUGGUGGACCCGAGCUGGAUCUGCAGGAAGCAUUUUCCUGCCGUCAACACUCAGGUGGUGGACCAUGAUGGCCUGAUUGUUGACAUCGUUGCCAGGUGGCCAGGAAGCAUCCACGACAGCUUCGUUUGGGCGAACUCGGCUGUGGGGCAGAAGGCUGGCAGGGGAAUGUUCGGCAGGAGCAUCUUCCUCGGGGACAGUGGCUACCCCCUCCGCAGCGACCUGAUAACCCCUGUCAUGAACCCGGCAUCACCAGCGGAGGAGGCGUUCAAUGAGGGUCACACCCACACCAGGACCCAUAUUGAACGGGUGUUUGGCAGGUGGAAAGCACGCUUCCGCUGCAUCCAUCGAUCAUCAGGUGGGCUGCGCCUGUCCCCAAGGAAGUCCUGCCAAGUCAUCGUGGUGACGGCUAUGCUCCACAACAUAGCUGUGCGCGCCGGGGCAGACGAGCCGUCUGCUGUGGAUGAUGAGGACCAUGACAACCCACCACCACCUCCCCUCCCCAACGAACCCCGAGCAGCACUCCACCAAGCCGGUCUCCGGGCCAGACAGGAGAUCAUCAACCUCUUCUGA